AUGAUAUCAAAAUCAGUUUCUAUUUUUCUUCUUCUCGCCUUAUUCUCUAUAAAAUAUUCAGCAGGGCAGUCAUGUCCCACUGGAUUCCAGCUGGUCAAUCAGAAUAAAUGUUUGAGAGUUUUUGCUCAGAAGCUGAAACAUUUGGAGGCAGAAACGGACUGUUCGUAUCUUGGAGGAACACUGGUUACUAUCAAAACUGCUAUUGACAACCGUGUCAUCGCCAAUAUUGCCGCUAACGCCGGCGCUUCUUCGAUCUGGAUCGGAAUUUUCUGUUUCGCUACUGGAAACACCACCACCUGCUAUCCCGAUGAUAACUCUGGAGAGCUGACUUACAACAGCUUUGCCUCUGGAAAUCCAGCUGUGACAGGAAAUGGAGGGUGUGUCUACAUGCAGACAUCCGGAAAAACUUCUGGGCAGUGGUUGAGUGCACCGUGUGCAGUGGUCGGAAUGCCAUUCGUUUGUGAGGUUCCGAUGACUGUUGCUGACCCAACUUGCUCCCACAAUUACAACGGCUACUGUUACACUGGAUCCACUGAAAUGCACCUAGCCACUAUCAACACUACAUAUGACAGAGCACAAAGUAUCUGUCAGUCCAAAAACUCCGAUUUGGUCUCCAUUCACUCGAAACAAGAGCUGGAUUUCAUUAGAGCCAUCUACAGAAACUCUGGGAUUCAACAAAUCUUUGUGGGAGCUCAGGCGUUCCUUCCGGACACUUUCGACUGGUCCGAUGGGUCUAAUUGGAAUUUCGAUUACACUGAUCCACUGGCCACUUCUAAGGGAAACUGUCUUGUGAUGGAUUUAUCGGACCGCCCAAAUAAUGGAAUGUGGUCACAAACUGAUUGUCAGAAUGUCAACUUCUUUUUGUGUAAGAGGAAGAUUGGGGAUGCUACAGUUGCUACUACGGUAGCAACUACGAUAGCUGUCAAUCCAAAGUUCAAGAGAGCUUCUAGAGCCGCCAUCCGUAACGAACUUCUCGACUUCUCCAACUGCAACUCAACUCUUGUCUUGGCUCCAGGAACCAUUACAUCUUUUGGAUACCCCAACACCAAACCACCAAUAACCACAUGCACCUGGAACAUCGGUACCCUUGGACCAUAUCGAGUUGGAGUCUAUUUCCCUGAUUUCUCUGUCUACAACGCGGUCUACGUUUAUGAUGAGUAUGGGAAUAUUAUCUCGAGUGUAACUGGCAACAUGAGACCAUACCAAGUGUUGGGAACUUCCAAUGUGGUCACUAUUACUCAUGAUUCGAGAUUUGACGCUGCUUAUAAUUAUAAUGGGUUCAGUGCCACUAUUUUGCCGUACUAA